CAGCAACCAGCAAAAGCUUACAGAAAAGUACGUAUCCCCGGUGCCCAGCACUCGACCCCCGUCGAGCCCUCCAGGGCCCGUCCCCGUCUUUGUUCACUGUCAAUGUGAAUGAAAGCUCGAGUCUACACCACGUCUCAGAUCUGACAUCUCUGGGAACGAUGGAGCACUGACUAGAGGCAUCUUUUGUCGUCAAAGCCGUUCCCCAUUGCCGUUCCUUCAUUGUGGUUCCUGGAUGUUGAAUCAUCUGCUGGAUAGAUAGACUACAGCAGACUACAGCAGACUACUGCACAGUGCGGCCGCAUGGCAUCCAAGUCCGAAUUGGCCGACCCUGUUUCCUGUACGGGCAUCCGGCCAAUACGAUGCGUCUCCGAGAGGGCUGCCAAGCCAUGUAGAGCUUCUCUGCCCUUUUCUCCUCCCCAUCCCCCAAGUUCUAUUUUUGGAUCUCUCUCUCGAACUGACAUCGAACGCCGCAAGUUGCGUCGAGUACGUAUCUUUUGCGACCCUGGCCCAGAACAAAGGAAUUGACGUCGGCCCAUCGACAUCUACCACGGCUGCCACUUCCGAAGGCACAAAAAGACGUUGGACCGCCCUUCAUCGCCAUUGUCGCGGCCCGUUGUGUUCACACUUCACGGCUUCACGGAGCACCAGAGACCAGCCCCAGGUCGACAUACCCCAGACCCCAUCUCCACCAUCCGCCCACUUCGAAGCUAUCCACAGAUAGGGUAGCCAUUCGACCCUGCAUACCGGUGGACUCGUCGCCAAACCGAUCGUCGACGACGACGUCGCCCAGUGCGCCCUGUCCGAACCACCAUCAUCUUUCUUUGUCGCCGACGAAGCGAGGCCGUUCGUUGUCCUUUGCCACGAGCACCGUUGCGAUCGUGUCGCAUCGCGACGCCUUUCGCUCCCUCUAGCAGCUCUCACUCCCACACACUUGCCGAUACUCAGUCGACAAGAUGGGACGCAGAAAGAUUGAAAUCAAGGCCAUCAAGGAUGACAGAAAUCGCUCUGUCGCUGCCGAGAUCCCGUCGCUGACCAUGCAAUUCUGGCGCAACAGCACCUUUUUGAAGCGCAAGGGUGGUCUCUUCAAGAAAGCGCACGAGUUAUCCGUUCUUUGCUCUGUAGAUGUGGCCGUGUUCAUUUUCGGCAGUAAUAAGAAGCUCUACGAGUAUUCAUCCUGCGACAUGCGCGACCUGAUCACGCGGUACACCUAUCACGGCGGUCCAAAUGAGCACAAGGGCCCAUCCGACUUCAAUGGCGGUGCCGAUGACGAGGAGGAGGAUGACGAAAACGGCACUCCACCGCAAGGAGACGGGAUGGACGCUCCAAUGCUCCAUCCUCACUUCCAGGCACAACCUCAGUUCCCCCCACACAUCAGACACCACACUCCAUCAGCGUCACCUCCUAUUCCAAAUGGCAUGUUCGGCCCAGGGCCUCGAGGCCAUACUCCUCAGCCUCCUCAGAUGGGAUCGCGGCCAUCAUCACGCAAUGACAUCCGAAGAAUGGGACCAAUGGGUGGUCCUCAAGUUGGUCCUCAAGGCCCUCCCCCUCAGGCAGUGAACGGAUAUGCUUUCAUGCCCCAGCCAGCUAUCUACAACCCUCAUAAUGCACCCAAUAUGCCUCCUAAUGCUUCUCAUGGCCUGCCACCGCAAUAUCCUUACCCUGGCCCUCCACCGCACCCGCAACAAAUGCAACAAUUUGCCGAAGAGCGAAGAAGAUCCUCUGUUCCGCCCAACUACCCACCGCAGGCACAAGGGCCACCAGCACCGCGUCACUCAGUGUCUCCCCCUCGACCUCAGGCACCACAGCUGCCUCACCAAUUGCCAGCUCAGCUUCCUCCUCGCUCUAUGCCAUCACACAUGGUCCCUAGUCCGCCGCAACCACAGAUGCAUCCCAUGCAGAGCCCACCUCUACCUCAGCAACACCUGGCCCCUCCACCAUCGCACGAACUGCCACAGAUCCGGCCACCUCCCCAGGAGCCCCAACCGCCAGCCCCUGUAGAGACCAUGGCAAAGCCUGAACUUGUCGACAGACCCCGACAGCCGCCUCUUUUGGACACCGCCAUCAAAAAGGCACCACCGCGCAAGGGUGGCAGCAUCUUUACGCCUAUUGAUGAAAACCGAUCUAUUCUCUCGCAACACUUGGCAGCAUUUCACCCAGAAGUAAAGUCGGAGCCGCAGGGCAACCGAUCGCUUUCAUUGGACAUGGGAAAGAAUGGGACCACAAACUCGCCGCCACAUCUCCAACGCUCCAACACCCAAACCCAGCCACAAAUAAAGCGAAAUGGCUCGCUAUCGUCCAUCCCCGAGACUGUGUUUACGCCACCGUCCCGGUCCAAUAGUCUGCGCAUCGGAAGCAUAUCUCGGCCACGACUAAAGGUGCAAAUCCCCGAUGAGUCUGAUGGCGGGAGUGCUACGGCCGAAUCGGCAUCUCCCCGCAACACAACAACCACGACGGAUGCCACCUCACAACCCUCGAGGCGACCCGAGUCGGUUGUUCUCCCGCCCCCUUCCCCAUCCGCCUCCUCGCUCCUCUCAGCGGGCGCAACCGGCCCACCGAACCCGUUUGCCCGACCUCCUCCCGCUUCUCACCAAAACAACUCGAUGAACAUUGAUACCCCUGUUUCCGCGCUCCCAUCUCGAUUUAUGACGAAUGAGUUUCUCCCAAGUCCCAGCAGCUUUUACCCCGAGUGGAACUUUCGUGGAAGUGACAGCAACACGCUGCCCAGUCCACUAAACUUUGCUACACCCGUGGUGAGCACCGGGCCGUCCUUUCUGAGGGACGACCCAGUCCCGCAGAAGCGGAAAAGCCCCGAGAUUAGCGGCAACGGGCACGGGCCUGAGCAACAUGUUGAUAUUGGCGGAGAUGCGAAGCGUGUAAAGGUUGAUUCUUGAGCGGCAAGGCAUGUUUGAACAUCCUUUCAUGUACCAUACUUUGUGUUUUUCAUUCUUCUUGUUGGAUACCGUGUAACCCGGUUUUUUUCUUUUCUUUUUAUCUUCUUCUAUCAGACUUAUUCUAUUAUAGGGUUCUACUCUGUAUUUGGCGGGCAUUUUCAAGGCGUUUAUUUGUAUUGUUAAAACUGGACGCGACAGGACAGGCUAUGAUGAGAUUUGGG